AUGUAUCUUUUCCCUUUGCUUUCUUAUAGUGCAAAUCGUUUAUUUUUACAUAAGUAUAUCAGCGUAUUUGAGGUGGUUACUACUAAUCUUCGCCUUUCAGCUGUUCAGGAGUGGCAAAUUACAGGGCCUAUUUUAAUCGUCCUCGGCAGUAAACCCGGUUUUACGAUCCACCUGAGUUUACGAACACGUCAACGGGAAACUCCAGUUCUUCGUUCAAGAGAUGAACGCCUUAGUCUUAUCGUAAUCUUGCUUCCCAAUAUGUUGUGGUCCCUUUUUUUAAAGAUUUUUAGUGGCAGGCUUGAAUUUCGAAUGGGCACUUCAACUAUUGCACUUCCAGGCGUUGACCUGACAGAUGGACUGUGGCACACGAUUCAAUUGACUGUCACUCCUGUCAUUCGAGGAACGGCUUCAAGAAUGGUUGAACUCUCUGUCGAUGGAUUAUGGAACGCCUUUUACAAUGCAACUCUUCUCCUCACUGAGUAUUCCAGUCAUUCCGAUCUCAAUGGCUACCUAAUUAUUGAAGCCAUUUCAAGUUGCUUGUCAGAUGUUCGAGUGGAGAUGCGUGACAGCCGAAACAACAUCGUCCAUGACUACGUCCUCUCGGAUUUAACAGAUGAGAGGAGGUCUCUCCUACAGAAGGGCUGUGAAAGUGAGGAUCUCUGUGCCUCCUCCAAUCCCUGUGGUCCGCGAGAAAUUUGCAUUCCUGAGUGGCGUGGCUAUAAAUGCAUCUGCAAAGUCGGUUUCUCUCAUCGCCUUAUUCCCCCAUCCACGACUCCACAAUGCGUCCUCACCAGUUGUGAUCCAAAUCCCUGUCAGAACGGUGGAGAGUGCUUUGUCCUUGAAAAUGAGACUAUCUCGUGGGAAAAUGAGACUGUUGGUGUGCUCUGUGGUUGCCCUGGUGGAUGGACUGGAGUGUUCUGUGAACGACCUCCACUGGCACGAUCUGGUCUUCAAAAUUGGUGGCUCAUUCCAUUCUUCUUUGUGCUCAUUUUGAUAGUAUUCUGGAUGGUAUUCUGCGUAUUUUGGUGGAGACGACGAAAAGUGAAGAAGAUUGCCUCAAACCUAUCAAAUGGUCCGCCUUUCGUUGAUCAGCAGGAACGAAUGACCCUCGACAGUGUCGCCAAGGCUGUUCGUGGAACAUCUGUGGAAACACGCACAGCCGACUCAAUGCUGUCUGCGGAAGGUGAGCAUUUUCUCGCCAUGGAUCAGCCACUACAAUACGCCUUUGAGGGCUACGAUUCCAGUCCACCGCCGACCUACUUCUUUAACAGUACAAAUGGCAGUAGCAGUAGUCGACGCUUCGAUUUCUCCAAACGUGCUCCCUAA